AUGCAAAGGAGAUUACGACACAGAAGGAUCAUAACGAUUCUUAGAAGGUUGGCAAUUGCUUCAUUUUUUCUUCUUGCUUAUUCGUCAAGAAGUUCUUUUAUCAUUCAUCUUCAAAAUACUUUCAAUGUACCUACGACAUCGGAGUAUCGUGGUGGGCUGAUUGAUGAUGUUCAGAGCAUUCGUUGUUACCGUUGGUUCGGGCAAUGCCGAUCAUUGAUUGCUAAACAAAGAUCAUCUGAUGAUAGAAUAGUGUCUUGGAGCAGGAUCUCCAAGAACCUUACCGAUGAAUCUUUAUACUCAAUUGAAACCAGUUUCUUCUACAAGACCUAUUUAUACGUGCAUGAGUGGGAUGGUUCUGUCAAUCCAGGUCCGAUCUCUGAGUUGGCCAUCUCCAGGGACUCUUCAAUGAUCCCCAUACAAGUAACGCAGGACGUUCAGCGGCUGAUCAAAACAAGUGAUAGUUCAGUGUUUCACAAUCAUGUUCAUCGAGAAAGGAGGCCCAUCAUCGAUUUUUUCACUAGGGAUCAUUCUGAUUCCGAUAUAAUACACUCGCUGGGAGAGGACUGGAAAUAUAAAGGUGGCGGAAUUUGGUGUAAACAUCGAUCAGAUCAAGAUCCGAUCACCAAUAUUCAACUUUACCUGGGGUCAGGGUUCCUUGAGUCUAGGCCCAACUGGAAGGAGGUGAUCCAUGAGUAUUCAAGAAAUAAAGGACAUAAAUCACAGUUAAUAUCAGUUACCAGAGAAAUCAACAAUGGCCACGAAAAAGGAGAACAGAGUGUUAUUAUAAAGGAUGAUGAUGUUUUGCGUAUCUCACUAUCUCCUCACUAUGGCAAAUCUCUCAAGAUAUUGCAAAUAAGUGAUAUACAUUUCCGUUGUUCUGAAGAUACCAUUGCGGUUCUGAGUGAAUUUCAAACUAAGCAUUUCAUCUCCAACGUUAUAUCAAGAGAACGACCUGACCUUGUCGUUGUCACAGGAGAUUUUCUCGAUGGUGAUAACUCGCUGGAUUAUCAGGCGUGUAUCAUGAAACUAGUUCAGCCGAUGAUCAAAUCUAAGACACCAUAUGCGAUUACUACAGGUGUCUCUGACUAUUCCCGUUUCGCGGCCAUUUCUCAAAUUCAAGAUUUCAUUAAAGGAUUGCCCUAUUCUUUAAACAGGUAUGCUUCACCUGAAGGCCAUUUAGCGAUAUCAAGCCAUUUUUCCAAAGGCACAGACGCAGCAAUUUACAUUCUGGACUCUUUUCACCCUGUGAAACAGUUCUUCUCUAUGCAAAAGGACUAUCAAACCUAUAGAUAUGCAUUAGCAUUCAGACAUCUGCCAAUCCCAGAGUAUAGACCUGAAGGAGUUUUUCCCAUUAUUGGUCAAUACAAUGAGCAAUCAAUCGUUAAAUCCAAGUUGUUUGACGACAAAAUUCUCCAAAAAAUCAUGUAUUCUUUUAAUGUGAAAGCCAUGAGUUGUGGACACGAGCACAGCAACGACUGUUGUUUGCAAUCUCGAGGUGAUAUGUGGUUAUGUUACGGUGGUAGUGCUGGAAUCGGUAUUGACAGGAUGAACGGAAUGGAACCCAGUGUUCGAUUGUUCAAUAUCGAUGGAGAUCUCGACGAAGUGACAUCAUGGAAGAGAAAUUUUCGCCUAAUCGAGUCUGUCUACGACUACCAAUACAUCUACCAGGGACAGUUAUAA